AUUGAUUUGAUUAUUGAAGAUUGAAAAAAUGUGAAUGUUUGGUUGAAGAUUCCGUCAGAAUUUUACACGGACAAUCGAAUACGGAACAACAGAGAAGCUUCAGGAGGAAGACGAAGAAGAAGAAGAAGACUCCGACCUGCGGCGCUUCUGCUUUUCUUUGAUUCGUUGCGGUUCUGCUAAUUCUGAAGAAUUCACCUAAGAUCGCCAGGGAAAAAGUUGAGGAACGACGGUAGGAACUUGAUUUGCACUAUAGAUCAUGUCGUUCUCAUUCUUCAAGCCAUCAAGGCCUAAAACCCCCCAGGAGGUGGCCAGAUUCAUCAAGGACAGCCUUAUGGCACUCGAUACCAAAACCGUCGUCGAAGUUAAAGCUCUUGAAAAGGCUAUGGAAGAAGUUGAGAAGAACUUCGUAAUUAUGAGAUGUAUGCUUAUUGGAGACGCGGAGGUUGAACCGAAUGCGGAUCAAGUUUCACAGCUAGUGGAGGAGAUAUGUAAAGAGUGUGUUAUCGAUCUUCUAAUUCACAAAUUGCCUGUUCUUGGAUGGGAAGCAAGAAAGGACCUUGUCCUUUGUUGGUCCAUAUUGUUGAAACAAAAGGUUGGCACCACUUAUUGCUGUGUACAGUACAUUGAGAAUCAUUUCGAGUUGCUAGACUUUCUCGUUGUGUGCUAUGACAACAAAGAGAUUGCUGUGAACUGUGGAACCAUGUUGAGGGAAUGCAUUAAAUUUCCAACUCUUGCAAAAUACAUAUUGGAGUCUGCAUGUUUUGAAUUGUUCUUCAAGUUUGUGGAGUUACCAAAUUUUGAUGUUGCAUCGGAUGCAUUUUCUACUUUUAAGGACCUGCUUACCAAACAUGGAAAUAUAGUUUCCAACUUCUUGGGCGCUCAUUACGUUGAGUUCUUUGACAGAUAUGAAACACUCCUGACAUCUUCCAAUUAUGUAACUAGAAGACAGUCAUUGAAGCUUCUGUCAGAAUUCUUAUUGGAAUCUCCAAAUUCACAAAUAAUGAAGCGAUACAUUCUAGAAGUUCGGAAUAUGAAAGUGAUGAUGACUCUAUUAAAGGAUUCUAGCAAGAACAUCCAACUGUCUGCUUUUCACAUAUUCAAGGUUUUUGUCGCGAAUCCUAAUAAGCCACGCGAAAUCAAGGUUAUUCUAGCGAAAAACCACGAAAAGCUUCUGGAAUUGCUUCAUGAUCUCUCUCCUGGGAAAGGUGCUGAAGACGAACAGUACGAAGAAGAAAAAGAGUUGAUCAUCAAAGAAAUAGAAAGAGUUUCACGCCUCCAACACCUUGCUCGAUAAAAUCGUUCUCCCACGUCGUGCUUUAUCCCCCCGAAACCAUGCCUGUUGAGUGAGUUUGCAUCUAAAAUGCACGAGAGAUUGAUUAUUUGCCAAAGCACAAGUUAUUAAUGUAUAAAUAAUUUUCUUUACUGUGAAACAAUGUUGUUGCAAAUUGCAAAUUGAAGGUGUCUGUAAUUAAUAUUGCUUGAAGGCACUUUUCAGCCAAGAAAAUGCCUGCUGCCCAUCUCUCAAGUAA